AUGAAGAAAUUAAUGAUACUUCUUUAUCUUUUGAGUUGUUCUGCCGGAUCGGUCAAUAAAGAUCUUUGGUCUCUACCCGGACCCGAUGAAAAAAAUGGGAUCACUCCUUAUGGACUCGUUGAGAAUGAUUAUGGUCUAGUUCGUUGCCUAUUAGAAGUGGAAGGAGCUCUGGUGGGAUCCUCACGGACAUGCAGUCAGUUUGAUAAGGAUCGAGUGACAUUGCUUCUUCGACCCGAACCAAGGAAUCCAUUAGAUAUGAUGCAAAAUGGAUCUUAUUCUAUCCUUGAUCAGAGAUUUCUCUAUGAAAAAGACGAAUCAGAGUUUGAAGAGGGGGACGAGCGACAACAUAUAGAGGAGGAUUUAUUCAAUCACAUAGUUUGGGCUCCUAGAAUAUGGCGACCUUGGGGAUUUCUAUUUGAUUGUAUCGAAAGGCCCAAUGAAUUGGGAUUUCCCUAUUGGUCCAGGUCAUUUCGGGGCAAGCGGAUCGUUUAUGAUGAAGAGGAUGAGCUUCAAGAGAAUGAUUUGGAGUUCUUGCAGAGUGGAACUGUGCAGUACCAGACACGAGAUAUAUCUUCCAAAGAACAAGGCCUUUUUCGAAUAAGCCAAUUCAUUUGGGACUCUGCAGAUCCACUCUUUUUCCUAGUCAAAGCUCAGCCGUUUGUCUCUUUGUUUUCACAUCGAGAAUUAUUUGCAGAUGAAGAGAUGUCAAAGGGGCUUCUUACUCCCCAAAAAAUCGUCCUACAUCUCUAUAUAAACGUUGGUUUAUCAAGAAGGCGCAAGAAAAGCACAUCGAAUUGUUGA